UUCUGUUUUUAGCCCUUCUACAACAGUAAAUGUGCUAGAAAUGCUAGUACCUCCUGUAACCAUCCUAACAUUUCCUGUAAUACUAUAAGGCAUUAUAUUCCCUAAUCUUUUCAUGUCUACAUUUUUGCAUUGGCGUUAGCUGUGUUCGCUAUGUUACUGUAUUGUAAGGGUAAAUGUUUUUUGUUUGUUUUUUUAAACACUAUGCUCUUUUUUAGUGUUGUGCCCUUGGGUUACUGGUAAGCACAUUGGUUGCCUAACCUCUUGGAUGUGUCUGUGACCUCUUUGGUAUCCAGUGGGUUAAUGGGUAUCACUGGAGGGCAGUGGGAUGUCACCUCUUGAACCUUCCCCAUUCAUGAAUCUUACACGCUGCUCUGUCACGUUAGAUCAGUAGUGUUUGUUAAAGGAUAUUGUGAGCUGAGAAAGGGUUCAACCGGACUGAAAAUCUGCUCAGUCUUUUCCUUUCUCUCCCUAAAGGGUGACACGUGGAGUUUUAUUUGGGGGAGGGAAGGUGUGCGACUCGCCCGGGCACCCUGCUUUAACAGCUGGGACUGCAGAUGUGGCUGCAGCGGAAGAAGCAGCUCAUAAACUACUGAAAGUGUGCUUUCAAAAUCACCUGCUUUUUCCAAACGCCAGCGCUCUGCACAUGUGUUCUAUCAGCGACCAUUGUUGGCCCAUAAACAUAAUGGAAGACAGCUUCCUGUUUAUGUAGCACAGGGAAGACAUAUGACAGCGCUAGCAAGAAAUAACAAGGCUAUUAUUUUCUCAAUUACCAUAUACUUUGCUUUGUUAAUCCUUACUAAGGUGUAACCCUGAAUCAGUUAACCUGUUGCACUCAAGUCUCUGAAAUGAAGGGUAGCCUGCAUUCAUUUACCAAUCCUUUAUGUAUAAUUAUGUAUCAUAUUGAUAUAAAGGUAAAUACAAUUAAAAUGCAUUUAGAAACCCAGUGCACUAUAUUUUGUCUGUGAAUUGCAUCAUUCAAUAUUUUAGAAGUUUGCUAAUUGUAUAUUAUUGACUGUCUUUAUGUCAGAUCUGGCUUGCUUUCUUGUAAUGAGAUCCAAACGUGCAUGUUGAUUAUCCAGCGUGUUUAUCUGAAGGGGCAGUGAAUUCUGUGGCAUGUUCCUGGGCAGAUGCUGUUUCCCCAUAUGUGUUAGUUUUGGGCAGAUCCAAUGCAAUAACAGACCUAGAGAAGAUUCUGGUGGCUGCCUACAGGGAAGGGAGUAGGGAGUUCUAAACUGUACAGCUGCUGCAGGCGGUCUUGUCAAUCAUUGUCCUGCUUGGUGAAGGUUGGCCACUGGGGUAUUAAAGGGUCACGGCAGUUAAAUGCAUGUUGCUUGCAUAUGAAAAACCAUCUUGCACUAUUCAUAGAGAUGAGUCCUUCUGGGGGAAUUUCUCCCAGCUAUAUCACGCCCUUCCCUGCUGUGACUUGCCAUAGAAUAUUACAGACCUUUGAAAAGAAAAUGUGCAUAGGAAUGUUGCCACCCGCCCCCCGCUUCCCCCCAACCUGAUGCAAAGAAUUAUAUCUCUUAUCUUGACACAUAGAAAAAUCUGUGGAACUGUCUUGUCUGCUUAACAAGAGUUUUUGCAAUGGGUUUUGACAACCAGAGAUGUCAGGCUCAGCAGUUGUUGACAACUGAAAAAUCCCAGCAGCCCUUGCUAUGACACAUUUAAUUACCAUCUCUUGAUCCGCAAUGUUACAGAGGAUGCUGGGAUUUGAGUUUCACAACAGCCAGACAGCCAAGAGCAAUAAAGCUGAAUUCCGUCCCAAAAUAGUUUUUUGCAUUCUGAAAGAAAAUAUCAUUCUAAGCAACAUUCUAAUAUAUAGUAAACAUUUUAAUCAGCUUUACUCGUAAAUAUAACUACCAUUAAAAGCAGUAUUUGUUUAUCCCUUCCUGUACUCUGGUUCUGAUUCUUGUUUGACAAUGUACUAGAAUUCAUUUCUCCUCCAGGUUUGUCAGUCAGCUUGCUACAAUCAUUUCUUGAGUCAGAACCAUUAGUGCAGAGAAUAUAACUAGCCAGAUAGAUACUGCUUCCAAUUGCAUUUAUAUUUACAAAUAACACAAAUUCCAUUAAAAUGUUAAAUGAAUGUAUAUUAGAGAAUUGCUUAACAUUACAUUUUCGACCAUUAGGCAAAAAAAAAAAAAAACCGUUUGGGUGAUAUUUGCCUUUAACAUUCACCCCCUAAUGUAAUAUGCAUGACAGCCUGGUUUGUUUUUCAACUUUCUUUGUGACUUUUAACAAGUCACCUUAACUCCCUGCGCUCAACCACCAAAUAUUUGAUGGUAAGAUCCGCUUGUUAAAGACUUGCUGUGCCUGUGUAAAUUCUCAGCUCAGUUCUGUAUGACAUUUCACAGCAUGAUAUAGGGAUAAAUAUUUUAUCAUUGCAGUAAUGUACUGUGAGCGCAGUUUACUGCUCUGCUGGUUAUUCAGCAAAGCCGGUGUCUGCUGGUAAUGCAAUAAAUAUUUAUAUGUUAACCUAAGACUUUCAGGCCCUUUUGUAUGCGUCACCUCUAUAUUUUUUAUGGAAGUACCAGCAGCACUGAUAAAAACUCUUGUUGUUCCCUUGGGUCUAAAUGGGAAGCAGGGGAAGCUGGUUACAUUCCACUGAUUCUUACAUGGCAAGAUGAGGCUCUCCAGCUGUGGCUGAACUACAAGCCGGCACAUCCCCAGUCAACAGUGGUGCUAGUUAUAUUCUAUGAACAAAUGGAGAACCAAAACCUAACAGACUUCUUUUUUCAAUCCUGCAUGUAGGUUAUUGUCAGUUGGAUCUGUGAUUACUUUAAUCUAGAUUUUGCUUUUGAUUAUGCUCAGCUCAUUUAUUGGAUUUUAUUAAAGAAAAUGUAGGAGGAAAGGGUUAAGUAAUAGCAUUUUGUUACAUUUGCUACAGUUCUGGAUCUAAAUUGUUCUUGUGCAUAUCCUUAAAAAAACACACACAUCCACGCAAGUUAAUAGAUUUGCCUAUUUGUUUAAAACCUCAGGCAAGUUACAGCUGCACGCUGGAAACUGUGUGUUUGGUUGAAAAAGGUCCUCUGCCUCUUUAAGUCCUUUUCAAACAGGGCUCCCAAAUAAAAGGUCACUCGACCAGGAAACACUACUUCUCAUAGAAAACAAUGUGCACUUUCUAAAUUGGAGCCAGGCCGUAUCCGCUCUUUGAUUUAAGCUUAGUUGCUUCCUGUGCUCUUUUGACUUGCAUAGCUUUUGGGAGUUUUAAGAAGCAUUUCCAGAACUGGUGGGGAUUAGGUCAAUGGAUUCCAGGAUUCCUCACAGUAUCACAGUCGUGCCCAACGCUGCCAUGGUACAGCCAUUGCUGGAUGGCCGGGUGCCUUAUGGAAGGUUACAGCAUCCACUCACCAUCCUGCCAAUUGACCAGAUGAAAACCAGCCAUUUGGAAAAUGAUUACAUUGACAAUCCUUCUUUGAGUCAGCUGGCUAAUCAGAAGCUUGUCAGGGGUCCUCAUGAACCCACGCUCAUCAAUCAGCAUUUGCAGAGGUGUGAAGCAGACAUCACACACCCCUGGAUAUCUUUUAGUGGGCGCCCAAGCUCAAUUAGCAGCAGCAGUAGCACCUCCUCAGAUCAGAGACUUUUGGACCACAUGGCUCCACCUCCAGUGGUGGAUCAGUCACCACCCAGGGCAGUGAGGAUACAGCCUAAAGUUAUAAAUUGCAAGCCUCAGGAUGUAAAGGGACCCAUGGCCCAGGAGCUAGACAAGCACUUCUUACUGUGUGAGGCUUGUGGAAAGUGCAAAUGCAAAGACUGUACCACUCCUCGGACAUUGCCUUCUUGUUGGGUGUGCAACCAGGAAUGUCUGUGUUCGGCCCAGAAUUUGGUCAAUUACUCCACCUGCAUGUGUCUGGUAAAGGGUGUAUUUUACCACUGCACCAACGAAGAUGAUGAAGGCUCGUGUGCUGAUCACCCAUGCUCGUGUUCUCACUCCAACUGCUGCGCUCGAUGGUCUUUCAUGGGUGCCUUAUCACUAGUCCUUCCUUGCUUGCUCUGCUACCUUCCAGCUACUGGCUGUGUCAAACUCUCCCAGAAAUGUUAUGACCAAGCCAGCAGGCCCGGGUGCCGGUGCAAAAACACGAACAGUGUCAUGUGCAAAGCACCAGAUGCCAUCAGCAGACCAGAGAAGCCAUUCUGAUUGGCCAAUCAUAAGGUUGCAUUUGUGAACUGUGUUACAAGGAUGCAUCGUACACUCUGCAGGAAACUCAUGCAAAAAAAAUAAAUAAAUAAAAGACUGUAGGCGGAUACCACCACCUAAGGCUUUAAUUUAGCAUUCCUUACUUAAUUAUGGGGAUCCAGCAAGACCUGGUGUCAAACAGAAGGAAAGCAGAAAAUGCCUUACGUGUGUAGCAGCUAUGAACUGUUUCUAACUCCUGUGUUUUAAGUGUCAGAGAAGAUUCAUGUUUUAGCACAGUGGCAUCUCUACCUACCUUACAGCUUUUCUGCGCUGGCUCUUGGUAACGGAAGCAACUUAUGGCAAUUCCCUGACACUGGCAUGGAUGUAAGCCAGCUCCAGAGCUUCCUAACAUACAGAGGUCUUUGUUUUCAACAGGACAUUCAUGCAUAACUCAGUUUCUAUAGAAGAGCAGAUUGCAACACUGCUAUACUUUCCCCACCUUGAUGGAGUUUAAUUUAUUUGCACACUUUUUUAUAUAUAUUUUCAAAGUAGCUAUGUCCAUAAAGUGUUUUUUUUUUUUUUGGCCAUCCUGAUGGCUGAGCAAGGCUGUAUUGAAACUGAUCUUCUUUCAUGUUGCUAAAAUGCAGAGCAUGUAACAUUAUAGGUGAAGUUUUUACAAGGUGUGGAAAAUACACGUUACAAUAUGCUCUUCUUAUUUAAGCUGUCAUGGCUAACUCACACUUCAUAGUGCAUUGUCAUGUUUUUUGUGUGUCACGCUUUACAUUAGUGUCAGGUUGUCAGAUUUGCCGCCCACCAGCUUGUGCAUACAAGACCUCCCAGCAUCCUCAGCUGGCCAGGAGCUGGCCGAGGAUGCUGGAAGUUGUUGUUCUCAGAAGUUGACACCAUUUCUUAAUUGUGCCUGUGCACUAAUUAUCCCAUGUGGGGUUCCCCCGUGCAUGUAUUUCUUCUUUCAGCUAAUGAUGGCUAGGUGGAAGAUGAAAGACGCUGCUAAGGGUACUGUUUCAAAUCAACAUGAUGAAAGGAAGGAAUUUAGCAUCCCUCUUCCACUUGUAGCCCCUUCCUCGUCUAUAAUUAGUCAGGCCUACCUUAUCUUAUGCUGUCACGGGGCCCCUUGCUCAUGCUCUUUAACUGACGCUUAGCUUGUAUUUUUAUAUUGCUCUUAUAAGGACUGUAACACCAAACUCAGAAUGCCUGUGUAUAACAUGCUGUGACAUUUUUACAUUAUAUGUAUAAACAGCCAUGGGCAACCAGAAACCCUUUCAGAUGUCACUGAGCUAACUUCCAGCAUCCCGCACACAUCCAAAGCCUGGCAGGCAGUUGUAUUUCACGACAUUAGGAGAGCUGACAGUUCCUCAUGAUUGGUUUAAAAGAUUCCAUUUAUUAUACAUGGGCAAAUACAACAUAGAUACCUUCUUCUGUUUUAAAAUUACUAGUCCACUCUUCCAAAGGGAAUAUGAGAAUCUGUGUGUUUAAAUAGUUUUACCUAACUAUUGAGCUGGGCUUGUUAAAGAUUGCUGUUUCAGUAUUGGGCCUCUAUGAGGGAGUGCCCAAAGCUGUCGGCCAUCUUGUCUCAUUACCCUCAUACUGAAAGGCUUCAUAAAGAAAACAAGCAUAAAAACAUACUCCAUUGCAAAAGGCACAUCUUUUUUUUCCACAGUAAAUUCUUUCUACUUUUUCUUCAGCCAUUCAGGGAACGCCCCGGCCUAAUUAGCAUCCCACUAUAUUGUACACAUUUUUGGCAAUAAUUGUUGCACCGUAAACUCCUCCAUAAUUGCAGUGGCCUAAUAUUCUCUUCAGACCAUCAAAUCCUUACAUUCUAGUAGAGAUUUGGGAUUUACAGAGAGGAUCUGCACUAAGCUUGCCCCAGAAGAGCACAAUAACUGUUUUGUAACUGCAUGAAUAACACCAACAGGGAUGUUUUGCUUUCUGAGAACCAGACAAAUUAGGGGAAUGUAGACACCAAUCAAAACGUUUGUAUAUUUUUUUUUCUUUCUGAGUAUUCAGCCAAUGGAACUUGCAUGUUGCCCUGUAUUUUUUCCUUCGCUGCUGCUGAAAUUUAGCCUCUUAUGUAAAAUAACCUGUAUAUCUGUGUAAAUGUACAUAGAGAGAUACAAAUAAAGAUGUCUAUUUUAGUGUUAUAUAAGUUUUGGGUAAAGUCAGGGGAACAUAUAAGAAAACUCAGCCAUUUUUAAAUUAAAGCGAUUUUCGGUGUCCUUUAAAGGACAGACUAAAUCCACUUCUGGUAGGUGCUAGUUCAGUAUCUUAUAUUCUAGUUUCUGUGUUAAAGGGGAAAUGUCAUUUGCAUAUAGGAUCUUUGUCUUUAUAAUAUAUUUGUCUGUUUUAUUUUGGUAACAUAUUGACACUUUUUUCAGGGUUAAUGGUACAAGCAGGCCAUUUGGUAAAACAUACACAGGCUUGUUUAACUGACUCUUUUCUAAAAUAGAAAAAUCUGCUUUGUGAAAGGUGCUUUUUGGGUAUUUGAGCACAAGUAAGGCACAGUACAUUGCUUUGCUAUAUAUUCUGCUUGCUGCCCUUGCACUCUCAGAUCAUAUUUUUGAGUCAAAUUGAAAUAUGUUACCAUUAGUACGUCUAUCAAAACCAUGCGAAAUGCAUAAUGUGAUUAUAGUUUCUAACUCCCAUCCUUCAAACUAGCUGCAUAUCUAGCACUUUGUCUUGUAUUACAAAUAGUGUAUUUAUUUGUCUUUUAUUUAAUUUGAAGGUUGGGGGAAACUUUUAUAGGGCAAGAAGGUACAAUUACACUCCUUUGUUUUUCUGCUUGCAUGAGAUUUCCCCUUUAGGACUGUAAACUGAGAGGUUCUCUCACCAAAAAGUAUUGCAUGUUGCAAGGAGCAUUUCAUUUGGUUUAUUGCCGUUGAAUAACAAAAGCUGGGACACACUAAGAUGUUACAAGUACCGCUUUUUUUUAAUGAGUUGCGACAGUUCUGACAGCGGUGAUUGAAACAUCCUAUGUGCCGUAACCCUUACAUAAGCGGUAUUAGUGCUACAUUAUAAGUACACCUUUCCCUAAAAUUUUUGCAUCUAUACCUUUAAGGGAGAGGCACAUCAUUUAUUUUCUCCAAAAUUCCUU